AUGUCAGGCGUGUCUCUAGCGGUGGGUGCAAGAACAGACAAAACGUCGUCGUCCGGUGAGAAAGGACGGUGGUCAGGGAUGACGGCGACCGGUGGUGGCGGCGGCGGCUUGAUGGGGUCACUGAGGGUGAUAGAGCUACAGCUGGUCGCGUUCAUACUUGUCUUCUCAGCUAGCGGUCUAGUACCGGUUCUCGACAUGCUCUUCCCAGCGUUUGCGUCUGUCUAUAUAAUAGCCCUCUCGCGUUUAGCUUUCCCUUCCCACGGCGUUUCCACCGCUUCCCCUGAAGUCUUCCACGGCAGCAAACUCUUCAGGGUUUACGUGAUUUUGGGGACAACGAUUGGUCUGUUCUUGCCGCUAGCUUACGUGUUAGGUGGUUUCGCAAGAGGAGACGAUCAUGCGGUAAGGUCAGCAACACCACACUUGUUUCUACUGUCAUGUCAAAUCCUGACAGAGAAUGUAAUAAGUGGGCUUUCUCUCUUCUCGCCGCCGGUAAGAGCUCUCGUGCCACUGCUCUACACAGUCUGGAGAAUCUUUGUCAUCAUUGGUUGGUCUAAAGAUGUUUGGUUCAACAAAUCUUUACCAGUCAAUGCUGCACCCAAUGUGGCUGCGUGGUUCUGGUUCGGACGGUAUUUAGCAAUAGCUAAUUUAGGAUACUACGGAGUGAAUCUACUCUGUUUCCUGAUCCCUCGGUUCUUACCUCGUGCUUUCGACCAUUACUUCAGAGAAAGAGACGAAAUCUUGGCCAAAAGCCAAGAGGACAAGCCGGUUCAAGUGCCUAGAUCAAGACCUUCAGACCACAAAUCUGAUUAA